AUGACUCAAGCCAUGGUUCGCUUGGAAUUUGCAGAACACAAAAGAUGCGACUUGCAAGAUGGGAUCAACUCAUCCCUUCAUGCUGAGAUCUCACCCAGCGUGCUCAUAGCAAAUGGCCUCGAACUUGAGGACCAGCAGCGGCGUCUACGUGCAGACAGGAAAGCAUCGAGCCAAAAUCCUACCGACAACCAGAAGGCCAAAAUUCAAAUGCGUUCAAAUGCACUCCACCGCAAACUUGAUGCCUGGGUUCAAGUUCAAAUAUUGUAUAUGUCUGCAGUUGCCUCGCUUCAUAUUCGUGCCCAGCAUGACGACAGCCCCCAGGACAAAUUGCCUGAGGACUUUAUUCUACUCCUUCCAUCGCAGCUCAAUCCCACAACUCCUUGUGCUCUGUUACUGUGUCAAAUUGAGUGGAAGCUUAGAUAUGCACAGGCUGAUGAUGCUCUUAAUGAUGUUCAUCAGAAUAUCCACCUGCAUGCCCAUCUCAAUACCUUCAAGACUUUGCAUAUUCAUGGCCAGUGA